CAUCCGCUCGUCUUUCAAAUUUUGCCGUAUCUAUAAUAUAAAAAAAACCUAACCCAUGCAGCAUGUAAAUAGUUCGAAUCGCAUUACAAAAAAGAACCAAAGAAAAAAAUGUUUCUGAAUUUAUUUUAGUAGGAGUUAAUAUUCUCAAAAAAUGUCGGGCCCUACGUUAGAAACUGACGUCGUGAUCGAGCUGUUGGAAAUUUACAUUAAUUCGAUCUUGUUUGCGCGCCAACUCUACCCGGCCGGUAUCUUCCGUGCGCGACGAGCCUACAACAUUCCGGUUCGAAUUUCUAUUUUCAAACCACUGAAUGAGUAUCUGGCCAGAACUCUAAGGGCUGCCCGAGAGCUGAAACAUCGUCGAAAGUUGCACAAAGUUGAGCUGGUGGUUUGUCGCGAUGACCCAGUAACGGCCACUCUGGAGAGCUACGUUUUCGAAGUAGAAGACCGCGAGUUUUCGCUGGAAACGGACGAAAACCUAAUGGAGCUGGAAGAGCAGAUACGAAAAUCGUUGCUUAACUUGGAUUGCCGCCUGAGAGGACUAAGGAAGCUUCCUUCCGACGCAACCUUCAAAGUGCUGUUGCAUACCACAGAAGCUGCACACGUAGAAUUGGGAAACAAUGUAAAGUUUCAAGGUUUUCCGAUGGCGAAGGAUAAUACCACAGAGGAGCAACUGCAGCUGGGAAUGCAGAAAACGAAUACACAAUUGCUACCCGUUUCGCACACACCGACUGUUGGGAUUCAGCUCUAUGUGGAAGAAUAUCUGUGAUGGAGCUUGUUUUUGGAGCCAGUACAAAGAAAGCAUCCUGGAAAACUAUUGAGUUAGAUGACGCCCAAUAAUUUUUCUUGUCAAUAUUGAGGCUCACAGCAUACCAGUGGUAUGACAUAAACUUCAAAGCGGCCAGGCCCACUGCGUUGUGUUUGCCGCAGAGAUGAUUCUUCGAGAUGUAUCGUGUUCAAGUAGUCACUUCAACAUGAUACAUAUCACGAAUCUACAGGGGUUGAAGGAUGCGUGGACAUACCGUACCAUACGCACCGCGUUCUUUUUAAGUUCUUAUUUUGGUAAUUGUAUAUAAAUAAAUAUGUAGUGAAAUGAAUAACAUUAUGAUAAGAAAUCUUAUCAAAUUUUAUAUAUAUUUGUAGAGUACAACGUCAACUAGGAGCCGAAGUUGAUUCGGGAUGUACAUCUCUUGUAGAAGAAGCUGGAAAUUGUAAAGAAUUUAUUUAUUAUUUAGAAUGUUAUAUAUCAGAUAGCAGUUUAUGUGCCAGAAAGUCGUCUACGUAAAGGUUACAUGGCAGGUUGUGAAGCUUUCCUUCCUGGGAUGUUUUGUAGUGGGCUAUGAAAAUGUUAAAUCAGUAUGAAGGUACAUA